AGAAGGCGUGGGCAUAUCAUCCAGAGGAGGAAAGGUUCAGUUCAGCAGCUCAAUUACAACAUUCUUGUAAUGGGUGUAUGUAAACACAGUACGAACUGGCGGCAGUGGGUAAUGAUAAGAGAUUAAAACAUGGCUGUGUGUGACAGUACACUGUGGUCCGUGACUGUAUUCCUAUUGUGGACCUGGACGUGGGAAGCUGGCAGUGGUACACAAUAUCAAGCAGAGGAGGUGGAGAUUUUCAAUUCCGACAAACGGGCCAGACUGAUGUGGACGUCCGACCCACGCCGAGAGUGGACUGAAAUUCAGCUGAGACUUGGUGCACAGAAUCCAGUGCCUGUGCUCCAAGCUUGUGGCAGAAGAAUGACAAGAACUAUUUUAAGCCACUGGAUGGAGCGUGAAGAAGCUCACAAUCUACUAAUGGACUUAACAUUUGCCCAAGAAGAAGAGCCCCCCGGUCAGCUCGGCCCACUGGGAGUUCAUCUCUUUGACACAGACACGCCCAUCGGAAUGUUUCAGAAUAGGUGGACAAUUCUGGAAAUCCAGACCUCUAAGCUCAUCCCUGGCACGGUCCCUCCGAGCCAAAUAUCCAGCUAUCUCAACCGCAGCCUGGCCCUGAGCCUGGGCUCAGUCAGCCGCAGAGGCUUCCAGCUCGCCUUCUCAUACUCAGGGACGUGUGUGUUCUUAACGUCCCUCAGAUUGUACUACAGGAGGUGCCCGGACGCUGUGGCCCAUCUGGCCUUGUUUGGAAGGACCGGGGCCGGGUCCGGGCCGCUGACAGGCGCCUGUGUGAAAGGAGCUGUGGAGGUUUCUCUGCCGGUUAGAGAGUGUGAUUCCGAUGGAGUUUGGGGGCCACUGCAGGGGGGAUGUACCUGUGAACCUGGGCAUCAGGCCAUGGAUGACAUCUGUCAAGCGUGCAUGAUGGGCUACUACAAACCGGCCAAUGACAGUGCAGGAUGCCGGCUGUGCCCAGCGAAUUCCCGGACACGCCGGGAGGGAUCGGAGCGAUGUGACUGCCUGCAGGGUUACAGCCGCCUGCCCACUGACUCUGUUGACCUCAGCUGCACCAAGCCGCCCUCUGCUCCCGUGAACCUCACAGCACAUCAUCACAAUAACGACUCGGCGCUGACAGUGACGUGGGAUCCACCUCUCGACCGGGGAGGCAGACAGGAAGUGACGUACGGCGUCAAGUGUGAGAAGGACGCAGAGACUGGCGGUCAGUGGGAGGCGUGCGGGGACAACGUUGUUUUCCUCCCAGGCUCAUCGGGGCUCACCAGCACCUCGGUCAACAUCGCCGGACUAAACCCACAGUGUGACUACAGACUCUCAGUGCAUGCCUGGAAUGAUGUGUCCAGCAUGCAGCGGGCGCCGCCUGCAUCCACCGCCACUGUCACCAUUCAUAGAUGGAAGACUCCCUCUGCGGUGAUCACUGUGGCUCCCGGCUUAAACAACUCAGAGCAUGAAUCCACGCCAGCCCCUCAGCACCACAGGCGCUUCUACGUAUGGCUUGCAGUUGGUGUUUUAUUCGGGAGCCUACUGCUCAUAGCUGUCAUCCCUAUAGCCGUGUGCAUCCUGCGGGGGAUCUACACUAAACUCCGGUCAGAGCAAGAAAUUGAGCUUUUGCCAAUGGAUGCUGAACUUUCCUACCGACCUCUGCAGGUGGUGGAGGCUGCACAACCGCAGCAGGCCGAGGGGGUGGAGGGCAUGGCCCAGAUGCUGGAGGGGUUCAGUGGCAGCCUGCUACUCAGUCUGAAAGAGGUCCUGGUAGAGAGAAACAAGCUGACCCUGGGGAAGGAGCUUGGCAAAGGAGAGUUCGGCUCAGUCUAUGAAGGGAUUUUUGAACGGGAUGAAGGCGUGGACAUCAGGGUGGCUGUGAAGACCAUGAGAGUCGGAAUUCACAGCCAGGAAGACUUGCAUGAGUUCUUGAGAGAGGCCGAGAUCAUGAGGCACUUUGAUCAUGAAAAUGUCGUCAGACUUCUUGCGGUCACUCUACAGAGGGAGCAGGACUCUCCUCUGCCUGUUCCUCUGGUCAUCCUGCCAUACAUGAAACACGGAGACCUGCGCCGCUUCCUCAUUGCUACACGCUAUGGUGAUAUUCCUAUGUUUGUGCCCUGUCAGAGUCUCCUGCGCUUCAUGAUCGACAUCGCAGCGGGGAUGAGCUAUCUGAGCUCACGGGGGUUUCUGCACCGAGACUUGGCUGCACGCAACUGCAUGCUGGGUGAUGAUAUGAGGGUGUAUGUGGCUGACUUUGGCAUGUCCAAGAAAAUCUACAGCAGCAAUUACUAUCGUCAGAAAGUCGGUAUCCGUGUGCCAAUCAAGUGGCUGGCCAUGGAGAGCCUGUCUGAGUCUGUGUACACCUCCAAGAGUGAUGUGUGGUCGUUCGGGGUGACCAUGUGGGAGAUUGUGUCCCGGGGGAGGACUCCUUAUCCCGGAGUCCAUAACCAUGAGCUGCUGGACCUGCUGCUGUCGGGACACAGGCUCAAACCACCAGAGGAGUGUGACCAAGCACUUUAUGAAGUCAUGUGGAGCUGCUGGGAUAAGGAGCCGAAUCGGAGGCCUGGCUUCGAGGAACUGGGCGAGUCACUGAAAGGUCUUCUGUCGGAGCUGCCAGUCCUGGAGGCAAGCCAGGAGGCCAGUUACAUCAACCAGGGCCUGGAGGCUGCUGCUGCUGUUGCAGCUGCCUCUCUGGAGCCACAGACAGAGUCUGGGGGGAGAUGGGAAAAUAUCUACCUGCCUACACCUGUGGGCGAUGCUGCAGCCAGAGAUGAGGAGAUGGAAUUAGAGGACGGCUACCUUAGGAGUAUUGCGGCUUCAACGGUCAAGGCGGAUGACAAUCUGCGUUGUUAGAAGUCACAAAGUAGUAAUUUUGUAUUAAAGCAGACUUCUCAUGAACUGCAUGUGUGAAAAAGAGACAGAUUACAUCACAUUGCAUUCAUCUAGCUGAUGCUUUUGUCCAAAGACACUUUCAAUAAGUGACUUGAAACAUGAAAAUAUUACCCGAAAAGUGCAAGAAUCAUGCAAGUACAUUAUUAUUACAAAUUAUCAAAUAGGCAAAAAUAGUUUUU